AUGGCGGAUCCGUUGUCUAUAGCAGCUAGUGCCGUGGGAAUCAUCUCCCUCGGCAUUCAGGUCGUGCAGUCAAUCUAUCAGUACUACAGUGCCGCAAAAGACCAGCAUUCCGACAUUGCUCGCACACUGCGGAAGCUCGAAGACUUGCAAGUCUCGCUUGAGAGGUUGCAAGCUCAUCUCCAGGAUCGGAAGUUUCAACCCAGCGAGGAGGCUCUGCUUCAGAACAUCCACUCCACGAUCAAACGCUGUGAAGAGUGCAUCAGGGACCUGGAACGAGAGUCGAAGGAGUUCGAGAAGAGACCAAUCGACAGUGUUAGAGCUGCUGUCGGAGGUACCGUCCGUUGGUUGCAGUACCCGUUCCGAGAGAGCACGCUCCUGAAGCUGAACGAAGAUAUCGAUGACCUCAUCAGCCAGCUGUCUCUAGCUUUGUCGUUAUUACAGCAGCAGACCAUCGACCGCGUUCAGGAUGAAAUCGAGAGUGCCAAUGCCAUCCUCGCUCUGAUUCGAACUUCACAAGUAUCCUCUGAGAUUCGAGCUUGGGUUCAGGCUCCUGACGCUACGUUUAACUUUACCGAAGCAUGUGCGAAGAAACACCCAGGAACUGGGAAUUGGUUCGUCAAAGGGCCAGAGUUCAUGCACUGGCUUGAGGAUCCAAGUUCAUUCCUUUGGUUGAAGGGCUUUGCCGGCUGCGGCAAGACUGUUCUGAGUUCGACAGUCAUACAACAUACACUCCGCCACCGCAGAUCCAACCCUCGCAUCGGGCUUUGUUUCUUCUUCUUCUCAUUUAAUGACAAGUCAAAGCAGGAUGUAUCUGCAAUGCUCCGAGCGCUCAUCCUGCAGCUAUCAGAUCAACUUGCCCAGACUCCUACUGCACUGCAAAGGAUUUACGAUAUGAGCAAGAAACACAAUGUCUCACCGACAUCUGCAGACCUACUUCGAUGUUUUCAUCAACUGGUGGAACUUUUCCAGCAUGUCCAUGUUGUUUUGGAUGCUCUAGACGAGAGUCCUCGAGAAACAAACCGAUAUGCUUUGCUGGAGGUACUGAAGGAAAUCAGGGCUUGGUCAGAGCCCAGAUUACAUCUUUUAGUGACAAGUCGAGACGAGGUCGACAUCCGUGCUGAAUUGGAAGCCGCACCACAACACACCAUUCUGAUGCAAAACGACGGAAUAAAUGACGAUAUUGCCGAAUUUGUCUCACAACAUCUCCGGCGCCGUCUUAAACGAUGGAGCAAGCACCAUUCUCAGAUUGAGAAGAUCUUGACCGAAAAGGCACAUGGCGUUUUUCGGUGGGUCGAGUGUCAGUUCAAAGCACUCGAGACGUGUCCAAGGAGCAAGCAAGCUCUCGAUCGACAACUUCAAUCGUUGCCUCCCACAUUGGAUGAAACCUAUAAGAGAAUGUUAGAGAACGUUUCCGAUAAGGACUACGCCAAGCAGAUGCUAACGAUUCUCUGUUGUGCCACGAGGCCAUUGACUGUGCCGGAGCUGGUCAACGCCAUGGCAAUCGAGAUCGGCAUCACCUCCUUCUUCAAUCCAGAUCGGCAACUUCAAGACGCAGACGCCCUUCAGGAAAUCUGCCCAGGCUUCACCGAAGUAUUCGUAGACUCCGAAUCAAACAUGAGUGUCAUUCGUAUUGCACACUUCUCUGUCCAGGAAUAUCUCGAAUCCGACCGAAUUCUACAACCAGAAGGCUGCGCUUCGUUCAGUUUGCGAAAACGCUGUGGGAAUCUGAUGCUGGCAUCAAUGUGUCUCACGUUACUACUCGUUCCUGAAUUACCGACGCUCCAGCGUAGCGAGAUUUAUCAAAAAUAUCCUUUUACGGAAUACGCUGCAGAGGAAUGGCCAGACCACUGGCGGAAGAGCAAUGAGAUUGACGCCAGAUUAGCGUCACGUGAUGACUUUAGUUGUUGUCCCCCUGAAACAUCCCACAGUAAUCUUGUUCUACGACUUCAGGAACAGAUGGUACUGCUAUUCAGAAAUACGAACGGAGCAAUGAGGAACUGGAUCCAAAUCUGGGACAUCGAUGCCGUUCUUGGCUGGACAGACCAAAGCAUGGAUCCAUCUCCACUAUACUAUGCUUCCCAUGUCGGCGCUCUUUUCCUGGUGGAAAGCCUUUACGAGGACUGGGAAAAACGAUGCUACCUCGACGGUCCAACGAAAACACGUAUCGAUGUUAUGGAUGGGCCUGGCAGCCAUGGGACAGCAUUACAGGCAGCGGCAGCUAUGGGCCACAUCGACGUGGUGCAGUUUUGGCUCAAUAAAGGCGCGGACCCAAACAUGAAUGUCGCGCAAACUUUGAUUGCAGAGGGCACUCCUUUGAUGACAGCGUCAGCUCAUGGCCAGACAAAAAUUAUCGAGUUACUUCUCAAGCAUGGUGCAGCUGUCAAUGCCAUGUGGACAAUGUCCACGGAUGAAAUCAGAAGAACAACAACUAUUGCAACUGCCCUAGCCGCGGCAUCAAGCGAGGGUCACGAAGAAGCUGUGAAGGUGCUUCUAAAGCACGGAGCCCUUGAUGACGUCCACCCCAUAUUCUUAGACGGAUCCGCGUUGAUGGCAAGUCAUGUUCAAUUGUCUGAACAGUCCCGACGGAUUAAAAAAAUGCUUCUACAGAAUUUCGACGGCACUAGGGUCACAACAAGUUCUCAGAUCUUUGAAUCAUACUUGGAAGUAGCUGCGGAAGACGGGAAUAAGGAGCUUGUCCAAAAGUUCCUGGACAAGUGGAUCUUGUGCGGAAAACCUGGCUUUCCGUUUGGAAAGUCACUUCAAAUGGCAUCGGCCUUUGGGCACCUACAAAUUGUUCAUUUGCUCAUCCAAUCCGGGGCUAAUGUGAACGACCUUGGCCGAGUACUGAAAAUGGAUGGCUCAGUCAGGAAUUCGAUGGGGACUGCGCUGGAAGAAGCUUCAGCGAAAGGACACAAUGAUAUCAUCGAGCUCCUCUUACUCCACAAAGCUGAUAUAAAGUUGCUUGGCCGGGGUGGCCAGGGCACGGCUUUUGGAUCCGCACUGCAGAGAGCAUUGGCUGCAGGACAUCAAGAGACAGUGAGGCUGCUUCUUGACGUCGGCAACCCUUCGGACCAGAUGGAGAUGCCAGAACUGUAUGCAGCAUCACUAGUGGGCAGUGAGGAGACCGUUCAAGCUCUUCUGGACUCAGGGGUGGACAUCAACGCUCGGUACAGGGGAGAAAGAUUCCAGACUGCACUGUCUGCAGCAUGCAUGGGUGGAUACAUCAAAAUUGUGGAAAUGUUGCUGGAUAGAGGCGCAUCUCUCGAGGUGGGAGACGACGAGCCCGCAGAAGAUGGCUUCAAAGAGAGCCUGAGGUAA